CCAGGGUCGAACAAUUAUGCUAACUCUUUAAAAGCUGACUCGGCGAUGUGGCUGUUUGGGUGUUUUGCGUUUUAAAAGUGGGCUUAAGCUCCAAAAAAAAUUAGUUUUUCGUGGGUUUAAGGACUUAGAAGGGGAAAAAGUUUGGAAAUAAAUAGCUUUUUAGUUAACGGCUAACAUUCAGAAAGUGUGGUCGGUCGUGAAUUUAGGAAAGUGGUAGUUUUAAACCCAACUCAAUUUGAAAAUAUUAAAACACAAUGAAAGAGACGGUGAACCACCAGCAGGCCCGCCUGCUCCUCCAUAACAAGUUCGUCGUGGUGUUGGGAGACUCCAUUCAGCGCUCUGUAUACAAGGACCUUGUCGUACUGCUACAAAAGGACCGAUACCUCACCUUAAGACAACUAAAGAGCAAGGGUGAGAUGAGCUUCGAGCUGGACUGCUUGGUGGAAGGAGGCUGUCUGGACCGAAUGAACAAUGGGACUGCGUACACAGAGGUCCGUCAGUAUCAGUCUGACCACCACCUGAUCCGCUUCUACUUCGUGACUCGCAUCUUCUCCAGAUACAUGCAGAGCAUCAUCGAGGACUUCCGUCAGGGCUUGAAACCAGACGUGGUCAUUGUGAACUCUUGCGUUUGGGAUAUUUCAAGAUACAAUCCCAAAUGGGUGGAUGACUACAAGGCAAACCUUAAGCGGUUCUUUGGUGAGCUGAAGAGUUUCUUACCAGAGGAAACCUUAUUUGUCUGGAAUCUCACCAUGCCAUUAGGAGAAAGGAUUAAAGGUGGCUUUCUGGUGCCUGAAAUUGAGCACAAAGCUCCUCAGCUGCGUUACGACGUGAUUGAAGCCAACUUCUAUGGUGGGACUCUGGCCGACAACUAUGAGAUGGAUGUGUUGGACCUUCACUUUCAGUUCCGCUUCUCAUUACAACAUCGAACCAAAGACGGCGUCCACUGGAACGCCAUCGCCCACCGCAGGAUCACCGCUCUUCUGUUACGGCACAUUGCACAAGCCUGGGGUGUGAUGCUGACUGCUGAUGAAGUUCCUGAUCAGAAGUCAAUCUAUGACUGUUCUACAAAAUUUGCAGCUGCUGUGACUUCAGACAGCUUUAGAGAGGAGUUCACCUCUGAUUCUUUGUCUGGUGCCUUCUUGAGCUUUGAAGAUAAGAGAGAGCCAAUGCCACAUCGGCACGAAAAUGCAGAGAACUUCCGACCUGCCGUCCAGCCGCAGCAGCCCCGGCUACGCCGCAGACCUCAGCAGAAAUAUUAUGUACCGCCCAGACAUGGUGUUGACAACGUGCCUCCCUCCUCCCACUUUGAGCCCUAUGAAGAUUACCACCAGCCCCCCAAUCAUCAGUUUGUGAUGAGGAACCGUCACAGCAGACGCCACUAUGCCCCCUACACCCAUCACAAACCAGAUCACCCUCCUGCUCAUGGAUAUCAUUACUGAAAUGGAGCUGUUCAAGUGCCGCUCAUGUUUAAAGCAUCGUUCUCUUCCGUAAAAACAGGCGUUUUGUAAUUGUGUACACUGGGUUUUUAGUUUUUUCACUAAGAGCCAAACCUUUUAAUAUUUGCUUGUAAGUUUUUAGUUUUUGAGCUGUUUUUCCAUUAAAUAUAAUUUCAAGACUGCAUUGUUAAAGUUUUUUAAGAAAUAAACAUUUGUCACAAUAUAAUGCUGUUAAUUUUGUUCCUGAUAAAACCGAUACAUCUGAGUCCUUUGUUGGCCGCCUUGUUCUCACACCCUUUCAUCUUUGACCCUAGAUUUCCUUUAACGUUGAAAUAAUGGCUGUUAUUGAACCACUUUCUAACUAAGUUAGUGAUACGAUUGUCAAUUUGAAAUGGCAAAUGGCCUUUUCAAAUAUGUGUAGGGCUUUGUCAAGUCAGAGGAGUCCAAAGUGCUACACAUUGCCACUGGGCCCUUUAACCACUACCAGCAAAAUAGCAGGUGAAUUAUCUUGCCCAAGAAUACAAUGGCAAAGUGAUUUGGAUGGAUGUAGAUUUUAACUGGAUACACCUCAUUGUUAUCUUCAAAUGUUAAAUAUUUUCAGUCUUUCCUUAUGGGAUGUCAUGUCCUUUAUGUUAAAGUGCAUCAGUUCUUGCAAAACACAAUUCUGUCACUCUGGUACUGAAGUUGGGAAGGCUUUUUUUCUUUUCCUCAAAGUGUGAUUAUUCUGGUCAAACACUUUAAGUUUCAUGACACCACAGAACAUAUCUGCAAGAAUAACAAGAUUUAUCUGGAUGAGCAUUUGCAAACUAUUUUGGUUUUUAAGGCUGCCUUAGCUACAUUUUGGUUUUAGCUUCUUCCUUGCCGAGUGGCUUUUCAGCCCAUGUCUGUACAGAAGUUAUGAUCAUGAGCUCUAAUUCUGUUGCUAUGUGGUAGCUGGGUACAUUUUGCAACAAAUUAUCUGGGUUACAAACCCAGUCUCCAUCCUGAACCGUACUGCUGCACAUUCCCGUUUAUGCUAGCUUAUAGUAUAUGCCACAAGUAGGUUGGAGAUGUUUCCUUUAAAUGCAUCAGGAGCUUGCAAAGGCAUGAUAGUAUUUUUAUGAAUUAUUGAAAGUUAAAAUUCAGAUCUAAUUUACCAUCUAAUUGCAUUUUGAUAUUUUACUACAACCAUUUUCCAUGUAUUGUGCCGUUAUGAAAUGACCAAUUUGAACCCCUGAUCAAACUAGAACUGAAUAUUCUCCUGCUGGUGGCUAUAGUAAGACACCUUUAUUAAAUUGCCACUUUCUGAAGUGUCUUGUAGUGGACAGCUAUAUGGAAAAUAUGACAAAGAUAUGAAGGGAUAAAAUUACCCAAUUAGGCAAACCUGCUACCUUGUGUGAUUUGUUCCAUUAGGAUUAAAAGCUU